UACAUCGAGGCCAGGACACGCGACCCGAGAUAGCGCCGAAUCAACCAAAAACCAAAAACCCCAAGUGCCAAGUGCCGUGUGAAGAGGCCACAAUCAACUAACUAACUAACUAACUAACUGCCUCCAGAAACUGUGCGAUUUAAACUAAGACCAAAAAUACAAGUGCAUCAGUGCCCGGGAAAAACCUUUAAGCAAACAGCAGGCGAAGUGAAUUAACCAUAAACAAAACCCCCAAAAGAAAACCGUAGUAAGGCAAAAACGAAAUUUAAACGUCUCUGCAUAUUAAUCAGAACGUGAAACGUGAACAGGUUCAAGUCCUAGACAACUUAUCACCGAGGAUUUACGCAGACAGACUCAGGACACGAAUGCGAGUGUGGAGCAAAAGGCGGCGCUAAUCAACGGCCAAAGCAGACGACAUCCUUCCCGACAGGACACUCCCACCUCCCCAAACAAAAAAAAAAAUAAAUACACAAGGAGCUGGAGCAGAAGCCGCCUCAUUUGGCCACUGCGGAUUAUGUUAAUUAGAUUUUAAGCACGCGACGACAACGACGCCAGGGGAGCACUUGGCAUUGUAAUGUGACAACAGUUGGCUAAAAACAACAGGACCAAAACAUCGGCAUCAGGAGUAGCAGGAAUGCUCGCUUUUUAAUUGACAUUUGCUCGAGUUGAGUUGCGUUUUGUUUAACAGCAAUUAGCAUCACGAAAAUAGCAGAAAGAAAAAAACAAAAAAAAAGAAAACACAAAGGAGCGCAAUUAAAAUUGUAAAACAAUUGCAGGACGUUGAAUUGAAAAAGGGGGAACAAUAACAGACGACCCGGAAUAGAAUGAUCAAGUUGAUUUAAUUAAAAAUUCAGCAUCUGUGUGCAAUGGAAUUCGAGCACGCAGCUUGAGCAAUGGCCGCCGGACCGGAAACGCAGCCAUUGCCCUCGGGCAACAUCCGCCUCUGACUGCCGCCGACACUUGUCACAUGUUUGGCCAAAAAGGCGCGCACGUGACGCCCCAGCGAAGCCGAUGAACGAACGGAUGAACGAGGAAAUGAAUGAGCCAGCAGCCAUAUUCAAAAUUGAACGUUAAACGUUCGCACGUACCGAGCAUAAAUUCCAAGUGAAAUAAAAGCCAGCAAAAAAAAAAAGCACAGCCGUAGACCUUCCAAUUUAAACCAGGAAAAUAGAAGAGAGCGGAAAGUGGGGCGCAAAAUGGUGAAAAUCGUGAGCGAACGCUGUGAUCUAGGCCUGGCCCUUUUCCUGGCCUGGACAUGGCUAACAAGGCUGGUGGUUGCGGCCCAACUGGCCGAAGUCCCCAACCCAUCCCGCCUGGCCGCCGAGAGGGAGGAGCAGCAGUUAUCCCUCCAGGAUGUCGGUGGCCUCAGCUACCAGAGCAUCCACCGAAUGUUGAGGGACGAAAACGAACCGGCCAGCUUUCGGGGGGAGUUACGUUACCAACAGAAACGUCACAAACGGGAGCUGGAGUUAAAUGCUCCGGCGAAUAAGCUCAACCUCACACACCGCGACUUGAGGACAUUUAACAGCAGUGGUGGCCAGUGGAAGGGCGACUUCCAGGUGAUCACCGCCAUGGAUCUGAGCAGCAAUCAAUUGAGCAGUCUGAGCUUGGACCACUUCAAUCAGCUGAGGCAGCUGGAUGUGGGCAAUAAUUCCUUGGCGCUUAUACCGCUGAGUUUAGCCGAUACCAACCACUCACUUCCCCUCGUGACGCUCGAUCUUUCCUGCAAUCGAUUCAGACAGAUUUCCACCAGCUUCUUUGCCCAGCGUCUGCCUCAACUAAAAAAUCUUAACUUGGCUCACAAUCAAUUGCUAAACAUUUCCCGGGAAUCCUUCUACAGUUUGCUUGAACUGCAAACACUGAUUCUCAGUCACAACAACAUCUCGGAUAUCGACUACGAAACCUUUCUGGCUCUUCCGAAUCUGCAGCACCUGGAUCUAUCCUAUAACCGCUUAAGUGGUUCUGCGAUUCGAGCUCUGCAGGGAAUUCCGGACCUCGUCAGCCUUUCCAUCGCCUACAAUCCGGAAGUGGGCGUUGCGAUGCAGGAGUUUGUGGCAUCCUGGAGCCUCAAGGAGUUGGAUGCCAGCGGCACUGGGUUGUGCCAGGUUCCAGCGGCUCUAGCGCAAUCGGUUAGGACCCUCAAGUUGUCCGACAACUGGCUGAAGGCCAUCAAUUGCGGCGACAUGGACAGCUAUCCACUUCUGCAGUACCUGGACCUCUCGCAAUCCCGCAUUGCCCAAGUGGAGGACGAUGCCCUGGGGCGAUUGGAGCUCCUCGAAUCCCUUUUCCUGGAUCACAAUCUCCUUGUGCGAGUGCCCAGCAGUCUGCCACCGUCGCUGGAACACCUGUUCCUGCAGCACAAUCAGAUAAUGGAGCUGCCGCCGCAGGCCUUUGUGGGCCUGGUCAAUCUGCAGACCCUGGACUUAUCCGGCAAUCGUUUGAUCUUUCUGCCUGCCUUUUCGCUGCCCAAGCUGCUCACCCUGAAUCUGCAAUCGUCCGGUGUGGAGAGCGUUAGCCAAUCGAUAGUGCACACACUGCCACAGUUGAGGGAUCUUCUUCUGGAGGACAACCCCAUAAAAUGCAGUGAUUUGCUGGCCAUUGCCGAGUGGGCCAGUCCUUGCAGGUCAGUGGAUGUGGGUCAGUCGAAUGGAAGGACUGCGAGUGGGCAGGUGGAUCUGAAGACGGAGUAUCUGCAGUUCCACGACUUUUAUGAGAACUUUAGCAGCCGUGAGUGCGGCGAAAGGAAGCCGGAAAAUGACACAAAGCCGCCCUCUUGCAGCCUAACAAGUGCAAUGGCAACAUUAGUGGCAACACCGAAAACUAUGUCAAAAGUUAAAAAGUCAAAGGGAGCAGACCUGGCAGCAACAUCAGCAGAAGCAGCAGCAUCAGCAAAAAUUUCAGCCGCACAUCCAGCAGAAGCACAGACAGCAGCAGCAGGGACAACUACAGUCGCAACAUCAGCAGAAAUAUCAGCAACAACACCAGCGGAACCAACAGCAACACCAACAUCCCCAGCAGCAGCAAUGCAAUCAGCUGGCAACAGCGUUGCCCAGUUAACCACAAAAACUUUGCGGCCAACAGAAACAACUUCGUUAGAGCAACUGCAGCAGCGGCAACAAAUGCCUGGCAUGCCGGCCAAAACAACAGCAAUGCCAGCAAAGAACCUGCCAAGUUUGGCCCAGACAAAGGCAACAACAGAGGUUCCCAUUUUGGCAACGCCAGCAGCAACAACACCAAUAAAUUCCAACAAGCCAACAACCGGGCCAGCGAACAUUAGCGGUACCACAAAAACAGCAGCAACAUCAGCUGCUGAAAUUGCAGAAGCACCAACAGCAGCAAUUGAAGUGCCACAAACAAUUUUGGGUGGUAAAAAAUCUGACAAAAUGCCAGAAGAUAAAACCCAGGAGACUUUAUUAAAAUACCCAAAAAGCGACACAUCCGGUCAAGUAGCAACACCGCCGCACAAACAUGCAACAUUGCAGCUGCAUGUUAAGGAUCGCCAUCUAAUUGGCACACCGCUGCUGAUGCACAAGGGCGAUGUCCUUUUGGUGGAUGCCGAGCAGUUGUUGCUGCCGGGGACGGCCACCGUGGCGGAUGCGGAAGUUCUGGACGCCAGCCAACAUCAGCUGGCGGAGCAGGAAAAGCACCAGUCAGCGGCUGAUAAGCGACAAGCGGAAGCAAUAAACGGCGACGCAAAGACGCCGCCAAAAAGCCACAAAAAGAAGCCGUCGCUGAGCAUCAAGAAGAUGACCUAUAGCACCAAACAUGCGGUAAAAACAGCAGUUGAAGAACUGGCAGCCACAUCAAAGACACCGCAACACCAACACAGCAGCGUGAACACACCCAAAGAGGCGACUCCAGAGGAGCUCAGCACUUUUGCCCAGCUAAAAGCCUAUGUGGAGCUGAAAAGCGAAUCGAAACCGGAACAUCUAAUGGACCAGCGGGAGGAAAACCUCCGCAAUCUUUCGGGAAAUCACCCGGGCGUUAUGUUGCUUGUGGCCUGCGUGUUGUUCAUCGUAUUGCUGGCUGGUUUGGCCCAUGUCUAUCGCUGCGAAUUGCCCUGGCAGAGAAGCAAUCGAUCCGGACAGUUGCGACCCCAUCAUCAGAGGCACCUCAACGAAACCGAUGAUGUGCAUAGCUUCCUGCACUAUCAGGGAUCCGUGAGUUCCGCGGGAGAUCCUGCCCGCCUCCAAAAGUGGCACCACAGCACCCGGAGAGAAGCUCCCUACAGCUCCCCCCUGCACAACCUACAAGCUCGCGAGCUGCAACAGCAACGCUGCCAGCAAUUCUACAGCUCCUCGCUGGCGGACAAGAGCUCCUCCACGACAUCCUCCUCAUCGGGCAGCAGCCGCAGUAGCCUGCACUCUCCCAGCAGGGACGACAGCUACUACAUAGAGAUGGCUCCAAGCAGUCCGCCCGCCACCCUGCCCAGUUUGCCCAUGGAACUGUUGGGCAGCAGGAGUAACGGAGCUAUCGGAUGCCGGGCGGACCGAGUGGCCGCCACCGACCUGGGCGGUACGACAGCAGCGGAACCUUCCUCGGCGGCAUCCAUUAAGUCUGUGAGCAGCAGACUGAUGGCCCCCAGUUCGCGGAGGCUGGGCAUCUGGUGACAAACCGUCUUCGGCCAGCGACAAUAUGCGCCCUUUCAGUAGAGUAAUAAAGUAAGUGUGAAUGGAGUCCGACCGACAAUCGUCAAUCUGCCAACUAAAUCAAACGAGUAAGAAAGAUACAGAUAGAGAGAAAGUAUAGACAGGUCAAAUAUCCAUACUUAACUAGUUUUCAUUCAAUUUGCUAAAAAGUUAAACAAUUUCAUGGUUUUUCCCUUUCAAAAUAUUUAGUAUUCAAUAUAUAAUUGUUCGCCGAAAUUAAAACCUAAAAUGGGUCAUGAAAAGGGUUCCACAAAGAUUAAAAAAUUCAUUAUUCUACAUUCAAAAAUUGACUUGUUUGUGGCAAUAAUAAUUAAUUGACUAGAUGUAUAAAAAAAAAAAUAACCCCAUUUAAAAAUAUUUCAGGUUACAAAGAUUCAAAGUUAAACUCCCAAGAGAAUAAAACUGGAAGCGCAGUUGUAAAAAAGAAAUAUAAAUGCCAGCAGAAGCAUUAUAUAUAUUACUUUGAGUUGGCUUCUGGCUUGAUUUAUGAUGCCUUGGUGCCCACACGUUGCAGGCCUCUUAGCGAUUCGGUUAGCAGCAACAAUUUGUCAUAAAUUCCUGUUACGUAUACGCCGCAUGUAACCGGGCAACGGCGGCAAGGCAACGAGCGUAGACAAGCGGCCAAGCCAAAUAGCCAACGCCAGCAAAGUUUUACGAGCCAUCCGAAGUCGAUGCCCAUCUUGUGGUCGUCUUUGGGUCAGUUUACUGGCCAAGAGCACCGUGUGCGGGCCAGUUAACUUUAUAUAAGUGCCUGUCCGUUUGCCAAGAUUAAGUGUUUUGAUAGUCAUGCAUAUAAAAAUGAAAUAUCGAUCAAGUAUUAAAUAACAAUUUAGUUUAUGACAGCCCCAAUUCAGUAAUCAGAAGUUGUAGCGGCAGAUGCUGAGCAAGGCGGAUAAAUCGAAGAAAAUUGGUUGAAAGUUAAUUCAAUAUGGGAGAUAAUUCAGAACAGGGAAGUAAUUUCUUACAAAUUGGUAAUUAUCUGUGACAAACCAAAAGGCCAUUGGGGUUAUUUUAUUAUUAUUAUUUUUUAGUAUCCUAUACUUAUGAAAGGAAUUUGUAUUGAUAUAUGGUACUUACUUGUUUUCAUUGUAAGCAAGAACAGUUUUAAAACUAAUUAGAGGAUUUUCCUAAAUUUUUUAGUAAACAAUUUUAUAUCAAAUGCUCUCAGAAGAUCAACUUUUUUAUCAUGUUUUCUGAGUGCGUCACUUUCCUGUUCCCAACUUUCAAGCCUUUUCCGACUUGCCUUUAUUAUCCUUUAAGCCUUUCUGUUCAACCAUGUUCAAUGCUUGACUAGAUCUUAACCUACUUUGCCAGCUGCUUCAGAUUCCAGAGUUUAAAUUGCAAUCUAAUUAAAGUUUCUUCUCUGUCCCUUCGACAAUUUCCACCCAUCCCCUGAAUGGCAGAAGUGUUUGCUAUCUGCGCUGGCAUCUAGCAUUCUUCACCCCAUUCAAAGAUGCUGGGGCAGCAGGACCAAAACACCCUCCUUCAGAAUCAGCCCGCACUUAACCUCAUUUUACAAAUUGACCAACACAACAUAUGGUGUAAAUCCAGCCAAAUGGCCAGACAUCUAAUCCGCCACGCCAAAAGUGAAAUGUUGUAAAACUAUUUGGGGGCUAUACGAACAUGUAUCUAACGGACAUCAAAAUAAUGUGGCAGCAAAUCAAAUUACAAGACACGCGGCUGGCUCUUCGAGGGUGGAAAAUGGUAAAGGGAAUGGCCAAAGGAACGGCGGUCGAACAUAGAACACAACAAUUACAUUAAGACACGAUAAAAAGUUGUGCAACAAUCUUGCAACCCCAACCACUGAACUAAACCAAACUAAACUGAACUGAAGAUGCCACCACCUCAUCCGAAGGACGAACCACAGUCAUUGCACAGCUUUUUCAACUUUUUGUGGCUUUGUAAUUCGAAUACAAGAAGAAGGCGCGUGCUCUCAAGCGGCGACGACAGCAACAGGAAACAGUCGGAGAAAGUGAAACAGAGAGCUAGAUUCGGGUUAGAAAGCACUCAGAGAAAUAAUGGAGACUUAUGGACUUUAAUAUGGUCACUGGAUAAACAGUUAAAUCACAUUCAAACUUGAAGUCUUCGGGUCUUAACCAAAAUGUUGUUCAGAGAGGCAAUUUAAAUAGAUUUUUCAUUAUUUUCAAAUAUUUUUUUUUGUUUUUAAGCUUUUAAUGACAUAAAAUAUAGAAUUCAGCAAGAUUAAGUCAUGUCUGCCAAUUGGGGCGUUCUGCACAUACAUAUUCUUCGUCACUUGUUCGAGAGAAAACUAAACAAUUAAUUUUAACUACGAAUUUCAAUAUAAUUUUGUGCAAGUGCAGAUAGAUAAAACUUUGUGGGAAAGGGGAUUGGGUGGCGUUCAAGCAAAGUCCGCUUAAGCAAUUCAGAAGGAUUUAUUUUCGGCCACAAAAGCGAAAUGCCCGACAAAGCGCUCCGAACAACAAUUAAAGUAAUGCUGACCAACAACCCACGCCCGACUGGGUGGGAUUAGAUGGCAGGCGGGGGGUCCUUCGGUCCAGUCGAGUGGCGUCCGAUGCCAGGACGAACAAAAUCUUAAUUAAGGAACUUCCAAGUGGGCAAGUGUCGAACGGCAGUGGGAGGCAUUUUUUGAGAGAUUCGCUGGGCAACCUUUUUAUUUUUGGCCUGCCAGCACAGCACAAAAUCGCUACAAAGGAAACCCUACGGCUGAGUGUGGGACUUGAGUGACCCAGAGUCCGGUCGGACUUGAUACUGGAGCAUUGUCAAGUUAAAUGAAGGUUUCCUUUUAGGACUUUUUGCUUAUGACACUGGCCAGCUGGCCAAGAUUUAGGAAGUUUUCCAGCCCGACGCGGAGCAGCGGAGGGCCAACUGAAAUGAGUUAAUUCGAUAUUUGACACUUUCGGAGCUCGCAUUCCACACAAUCUCGGUAUGUGAUGGGAUCCAGACCCCGGGCUUUUGUCUCCCUGCGCAGUUAAUAAAGUUGGUCCGGACCAGGACGUAAUUAUUUGCCUGCUAAAUGGCUUUCGGACGACAUUUCGGGGUCGUAAAUGGGGGCGAUUUAGAAAAUUAUGUGAAAAUAAGUUGCCUUUUGUUUGGCCAUUGGCCGUUGGCAGUUGGCGGUUGUUGGGAUCGUAAAUAACGUUCAUAAUUGGGCAGCCUCGAAAAGUUGUCGGCAGCAGGGGCAAAGGCAAACAGAACUCGAAAUAAACAUCUCGGCCGUAUGGAUAGCAAACAAUAAUUAAACUUAAUUGCCCUGUACAUUGAAACGUCAAACUGUAAAUUAUAGUUAUUAACAUUUACUUGUAGCGAAGUUUACUUGAACUAGCAUUUUAAUUCCGAAUAUUGCAUGUACAAUUUCCAUAGAAUAUGUAUUUAAAAUUUACCAAAACAAAAAGAUUAAAAGUAAAAUAGAACAAAGCGGCAGCCAGGAAAAGCCGUUCGAGUAACGUUAAUAUUUGCAUUUAAUUUGUCGAAAAUCAAACUAAAAUGCGAUAAAAACCCACAAUAACAACAAAAACUAAUUGCCAAAUAUUUGACGUACAGUUUGUAGCGUUAGCCAUUAAAACCUUUGUAUGUACGGUUACAGAUACAUCUAUACAAACAGAAACAAAGAAAUGACAAAAAAAAAAAGAAAUACAUUCUAGCGUAAAGCCGAGCAAAUAAUUAUUAAACAAAUACUUCUAUUUACAAAAACACAACAAAUAUUUAGUUAAGCCAAAAUGACGCGCAGCAUUUUAAUUAAACAACGGAAAAUCGAGAGCUCUCAAAAACAGAAGCGAAAUACAAAAAUUGCAAAAAGUAAAGGUAAACAAUAGUUGCAGCAUAAUUUUCCAUGUGUUAUUGUAAAUAGACAACCAAAACUAAUUGUGAACAUAUAGAAAAAAGCUGGGCAGACCAGCUGACAAACAAAGAGCAUUCAAAAUAAAAUAUCUGAUGGAAGAGAAGUUCCAUAUAUAUACAUAUACAUUAAUGUUAGAUUUAGUGCUGCCAAAAUCGUAGCGUAAAGGGUUGAUAAAGCAAAAUAAAGUAUAUAUGUAUGAAGAUUAAAUAUAACACUAGUAUUAAGUGAAAUGUAUUAUUGAUUUAGCAAAUAUUGAUAGCAAUUAAAAGUGUAAAGAUAACAUGGCAAACAUUUUAUGAAAUCUUCUCGAAAAACAACACAAUUUUAAUGCAAGCAACAACCCGAAAAAAUGUGAAAAUAAUAAAAUUGAGAAAUUUAAUUUGAAAGAGUAAAA